AUGUCCAGUGGCGUAUAUACCAUUAAUCCUGAUCGCGGCAACCCAAUCCAAGUGUUGUGUGACAUGACAACGGAUGGUGGAGGUUGGACCGUUUUUCAGAGACGUUUGGACGGCUCUGUUGAUUUCUAUCUUGGAUGGGAAUCUUACAAAAACGGCUUUGGAAAUUUGAGCGGCGAGUUCUGGCUUGGAAACGACAAUCUUCACCGUUUGAUAGUCGCUGAUGACGUUAUGCUGAAAGUUGACAUGGAAGACCUUAAAGGCAUGCAUCCUCGCUUACGCUGAGUACACGACUUUUAAGGUGGCAGAUGAGGGUGCUAAGUACCAGCUUUCGAUUGGAGGAUACAGAGGCACGGCUGGUGACUCUAUGACCGCAAGGCCACGGCCAUUACAGUAAGAAAAGCCUCAAUUUCCAAGUUUAGUUUGAAUUUCCCUUUUCAAAGAAAGUUAACUACCUAUCGGUGCUAGAUUGGAUUUGCAUUUGGAGAGCUUUCAUAUUCGCCAAAAGAAACCUCAAACUUGAUUGUAUCACUAAUCAUUCCCUUAAUGUAAAUUUCGAAUCACUCUACAAUCGCAAGAGUAUGUAAAUAAGUUAUGCUUAUUACAAAAACUGCCAGGUUGCCAGGUUGUUUUUCUCUCUCACAGUGUUAAACCCCAUUUUCAACAAAAAAGCAACAGCAUUAACGCGUUCGUUACUAAAAUUCCAAUAUUAACGGCGGAAAACGGAACCAUAGAACUGUUUUAGCGAAAGAUUAAACUUUUGACCGGAUUGAACGAAUAAGUUUUUUCGAAAAGAUGAAUUAAAAGUUGACAAUUUAAGGUAGCUCCCGCAAGUAUUUACGAAUAAACUAGGGCGAAAACUACAAAAGGAAACCUACUUAAAUUAAUCAUAUCAAAGUUUCCUUAAAGAAAUUAACCAGUUUGGCUAACGAUAUAUAUAUAAUUGGUAUUCCAAUUGAUGGCCUAAAUAGCCCAAUAUCUCUAUUUUUCCUCAAUGAAAUGUGUAUAUUUUUUGCCGCAGUAUAAUAAGGCUAUUGCCUGAUCUUUUCCAACUGUGAAAACUCAAUGUCACUUCAACGGUUUUGCCAGAAAUCUCAUAUUUUUCUUUUAUGUAAAAUGUACAAAUACUUGAUAUGAACUGUAUGUGCUUUGCAAAAUAAUAAGUGAUAAUUGUAAAAAACUCUAUCGUUUUAUACUGUUUAUAGACCUUUUUAGAUAACAAUCGUGCAAUCUUAUCGAGCCACCUUAUUUUUUUUUUCAUGUUUGACGUCUUUAAAGCUCGUGCUAUGUUAGCGUCCAGAUCUGGUGCGAUCAAAUUAAAAACCCAUUGCAACUUCCUUAAGCUGAUUUUAAAAAUGUGAUGAACUGAAAAAAUAAAGGAAGACUUUCUUGAGCCUCAAAGAAACUAUCCUGAUAAACUUGUAAUUGUAAAUAAUACUUGUCGGCGAUACUUUAAAUCUGAUGUCUUUUCGCAGCGAUCAAACCCGAGAUGAGAGGUUGCACAAGACGAAAUUGCAAGAAUCCGUAAACGGAAACGUGGCAGAAACAUGUUAAACUGUUCCGGAAACACGACGGAUAACCUGUGUUUCCGUUACCGGUUUCGUGACGUUUUCUCGCGUUUCCGUUGCUGCGUAUACAACGGAACCGGACCACUUUUACGUAAACAUAACGGAAACAUGGAGUUGCAUGUUUCCGCCACGUUUCAGAAAUACGGAAACAUGUGAUUUCGUCCUGUGUUGAUUUAAUCUAGUCCGCGUUGCGUAGAAAAGGUGCAUUCUCUUAAUUAUAGAUCGCUGACUGUGAAAAAAAAAUUCGGUUAAAUACAAAACUUAAAUCGCCAAAACACUUAGAUCUUACUUUGUCGGUCUGUCUGUGUCCCCUGGUGUUUAUGUCUGUUGACUUUUUGCAAUUUAUUGAAGUAAUACGUAUAUAAAAGCAAUUUGCAGACUAAGUUUCUUAUUAACAGUAACCAUCUUCCACAUGUUUAACCAUGAUACAAACAAGUUUAUAUGAAAUUUCAUUUCAUUUCAGCAAUAUGCAGUUCUCUACGAAAGACUAA